UUAUUUAUAAAAACCGCCGACGACCGGACGACGUUGCUCGCUCGGAUUCGCAGUUCGAACAUCGUACUUUGAGCCUAUUCGUGUGUGUCGUCGGACUGUCGCACGUCGCAGAAGAAGUCGCUGUGAGUCGACGACGUGUCUCAAUCCUCGCGUUAUAGCACUCGUCUUCGCGGAAAGAGCCAUCAAUCUUCAGAUUCAACAGCAGAAUAAGAGAAACAUGAGUCUCCAAUGGACCCUUAUUGCUGGUUUUCUCUAUAUUGAGGUUGCGAUUGUCCUCCUUUUGGUAUUGCCAGUAGCCUCACCUACCAGAUGGCAAAAGCUUUUCAGAUCUCGAUUCUUACAAAGUAUAAAUAAUCAGGCUUCCAUUUACUUUGUGGUUUUGCUGGGGGUCCUAGUUCUAUUUCUGCUGGAUGCUAUACGAGAGAUGAGGAAGUACUCCGGGAGCCUGGAUCACACUGAUCAUCAUCAUCAGUUGAACUUGGAAAUGCAAGAAAACAUGAGGUUGUUUCGUGCACAGAGGAAUUUUUAUAUAUCUGGCUUUGCAUUGUUUCUAAGCUUGGUGAUACGUCGUCUUGUUAUCCUGAUUUCUACCCAAGCCUCCUUGCUCGCGCAAAAUGAAGCGGCUAUGCGGCAGGCUCAAUCUGCAACAACCACAGCCAGAAGCCUGUUGUCCCAGAGAACAACUGGUGAAAGUUUGCAAAAUGACUCCAAUGAGGCGCACGAUAAAGCUGUCUCAGAACUGAAAAAUCAAAUUAAGGAGUUACAAGCUAAGAAUCAUGAGCUCGAGAGCAAUUUGACUAAGGAGAAGAAGGAUAAAGAGGCAAUAAAAUCGCAGGCGGAAUCACUCACAAAGGAAUACGAUCGUUUGACUAAGGAGCAUGCGAAACUCAUGCAAUCGGGUGAUAAGAAAACCGAUUAAACAAAAUUUUUUGUUUUCCUUGUUUUUUUAAACUAUUUGCUCAUGAAUUCUGAAGUUGUCCUUUUCUUACUUUAUAUUACAUACUUUGUAUCGCAUAAUUUAAAAGAGUCACAUUUCAUGAUAUUAAAACAUACCUCUAUACUUACGUUAGCAAGUUGUAUACAAAUAUUACUAUGGUGUGGUGGUGUAAUGUGCUUCGUAAUAACACUGUACAUCCUUUUUCCAACUUUGAAUACUAUUCUGUGUACAAAGUCAGUAUCUAUUUUUCUUAAUUUGUGAUAUAUCAUUACUUUUAUGAACCAUUAACAAAUGUACAUUAACAAAGAAUUCCAUAAAUUAAAGUUUUCGUUAUAGUCGCUUUUUUAGUUCUUUUUGAUGAAAAGUGGUACAAAUUUCGAUAGUAAGAGUAUGUCAUCAACUGUUAAUAUUUUGUACUGCAUAAGAAAAUAACUGAUUACUGCAUGCUAUACGUUUGGCAAGUAUUAAUAAUAUAUAAAUAGAAUAUAUAUAUUUUGCAUACGUUUUAGACAAUAUAUUUCAAAUGUACUUCCAA